GAGUGGGUCCGGAGUGGGACACCGACACGCGUGGCCGCUCGGGCCGCUGAACACGGAGUUUAAUACGGUUUAAUGGUUAAAUUUGACCGGCAGGCUGCGGUCCAGACUGGGCGGCAACACGAGGCCUGAUUCCGGGCCGCAGCCACCCGGAACAUCCCGUCUGUCAGCAUCCAGAGCGGGAAUGCCCAGUCCGGUCUGAUGGCACGGGGGGCAACCCGAGAUGCUGACUGACCAGAUGACUGCAGCCAUCUUGGCUGCGACGCUCUGCUUCGCUGCCAGCUGCGUUUGGGUGGCGGCGGACUGCUCGCCGUCCCCCACCGAGGCCUCCGGCGGCGCCAGGCUCCUGACCGCUGUGGUGGACGCUCAGAGGGCUGAGCGGGCCCGAAGGCAACACCUGGAGGCGCUGUUCCACAGAUACGGAGAGAACGGCUCCAUCUCUCUGGACGGCCUGAAGCGUCUGCUGCAGAGCGUCGGGCUCGACCGGAUCCGGAACGUCAUGGUGAAGCACCGGGAGCAAGCCGGCCACCACCAUGACCAUCAUCACCACCACCAUCAUCAUCAUCACAGACACCCGGCCGCCGACCAGAACAGAACCGAGGACCCGCAGCAAACCCAGCCCACUGUGUCUGCGGCGCCGGGUCGGGACGGCGCCGGGUCGUUGGUGAAAACCCAGAAGAGAAGCUUGGCUGGAGAAGGAGCGACCACGGUCGCCACAGCGACAGCGGUUAAAACCGAGCCAGCGGACCAUCGUGAUGAACUGGACCAGGAUCAUCUGGAGCAGGAAGAGUGCCUGAACGCCUCGGGCCUCCUCCUCUCACACGGGAUGUCUCAGGAAGGAGGCGUGGCCCUGGGAGACUUCUCCUUCCUGUGCCCCGCCCUCCUGCACCAGAUCGACAGCGGGGCGUGUCUCCUGCACGGCGACGCCUCCGGACACGAAGGCACAGGACAUAAACACCAUAGACAUUCACACGGUCACCAUGGAAACCACGACCACGCCACCCGGAACCACAGCGAGCCCGGCAGCGGGGAAAACGGCAAACACAUCGCAACAGCCUGGGUCGGCGGCUUCGUCUCCAUCACCGUCAUCAGCGCGCUGUCCCUGCUGGGCGUCCUCCUCAUCCCGCUCAUGAACAGAGUCUUCUUCAAGUUCCUGCUCAGCUUCCUGGUGGCGCUGGCCGUGGGAACGCUGAGCGGCGACGCCUUCCUGCACCUCCUUCCCCACUCUCACGGGAACCACGACCACUACAAUCACCUGGACGACCACGACGACCUUCACCCUGACGGCGAGGAGAACAUGGACGGCGUGUGGAAAGGCCUGACGGCUCUGGGCGGAGUCUACUUCAUGUUCCUGAUCGAACACUUCCUGACGCUGGGAAAAAUGUACAAAGACAAGAAACAGAAGGUCCAGAAGAAGUGGGACCAGACGGACAAAUCGGACCCGGAGAAGCAGCCGGCUCUGGAGGAGAGCGAGCUGAAGCCAAGCGAAGACGUGGAGCCGAACGGCGCCGGUGCGUUCGGCGAGCUCCCCGGCGGCGUGGCGGAGGAGGAGCAGGUGAUGCUGACGCCGCAGGUUUCCGUGGUAACGCAGCAGACGUACGGCCGGCCAGCAGGGGGCGGCGCCGCCGGAUACUCGGCCGAGGACUGCGAGAACAAAUGCCACUCCCACUUCCACGACACGGUGGGCCAGGCGGACAGCCUGCACCACCAUCACCAUGACUACCACCACAUCCUGCACCACCACCACUCCCAGAACCACCACCCCCACAGCCACGCCCACUCCUACUCCGAGGAGCACUUCCAGCAGGCCGGCGUCGCCACGCUGGCCUGGAUGGUCAUCAUGGGCGACGGCCUGCACAACUUCAGCGACGGCCUCGCCAUCGGAGCCGCCUUCAGCGAGAGUCUGUCCAGCGGACUGAGCACAUCGGUGGCCGUUUUCUGCCAUGAGCUGCCGCACGAGCUGGGUGACUUUGCGGUGCUGCUGAAGGCGGGCAUGACGGUUCGCCAGGCCAUCCUCUACAACAUUCUGUCGGCCAUGAUGGCGUACUUCGGCUUGGUGACGGGCAUUCUGAUCGGCCACUACGCUGAAAACAUUUCCACCUGGAUCUUCGCCCUGACGGCCGGCCUCUUCAUGUACGUGGCGCUGGUGGACAUGGUGCCGGAGAUGCUGCACAACGACGCCGGCGACCACGGCUUCAGCCACUGGGGCUUCUUCCUGCUGCAGAACGCCGGCAUCCUGCUGGGCUUCUGCAUCAUGCUGCUCAUCGCGCUGUUCGAGCACAAGAUCCAGCUGGACCUGGGAUACUGACCCGCACCGCACUGCAUCCUGGGAGGGAGCCUGGAGGGAACCUGGAGAGAGCCUGGAGGAAUCCAGGCCUGGAGCUGCUCAGCAGGGUUCACAGGUGGAAACUGUCUGGAGUUUCUUCUGGGUUUCUUUCACACUUUAAUUUUCUCUCUGAACUUCAUCUGUUGGGUCAAUUAGUUUAGUUUUUUAUAUCAUUUUUGUGUUUUUCUCAGUGAAACCUGAUCAGUGUUACAAAGCUGCAACUUUCCAAACCACAGUUCCCCUUAAAUCUGUGAUUCUGUAUAAAACCUGACAGGAAGCAGCAGAAGGUUCAUGUUGAGUCUCGUGUUACUUUUUGGUUUCUUUUUUUUAAACUAAUGUUUGUUCUGUUCAUCGAUUCUUCUGGAGUUUGUUGUUCGUGUUGAAUCUUUGUUUCCCGUCAUUCUGUCUGGAAUAAAAAUUAAAUUUACCCAAACAGGACUGCGUUAGAAACUUCUGCUCUGAAGUGUUAAACAUAAAUAAAAACAUAGAAGAAAAACAUAUUUUUUAUUUAUUUUAUUUGCUAUAAAAUGCACAAACCUACAUUAUAUUCAUCUGUUUGUGUGGAGAAAAGUUGUGAAAUGUUCUUCAUCAGACUUCAGGCCGGAUGAGAAUCUGUUUGUUUCUAUGGUUACAGACUGAAGAUGGCAGCUGAUAGAAAACAGGUUUUUCUCUGUGUUUUAAUUUUCUUCUGUUCAGGAUGAAGAGCAGCAGAGAAACUGAUUCCUCUGAAGGUCAAAGUUUCCUCUGUGGAUCCAACAUGUAAAUAUUAAACUGUAAAUUUUGGCUGUUUAUGUAUCUGAUGUUUGUAAACAGUCUGCAUUAUGUUUCACUGACACAAACCCAAACAAGAGAAAAAUAAAAUCCAUUAAAGAUGAAA